GUUUGGUGUCUGCGCUUCAGCUGUCGGCUCAAGAGGCCCCCCAGCGGGUAAGAGGCUCUGUGUGCUUCCAGAGGCAGCCAGAACUUCAGACAGGGGCCGACCCUGCUGCGCCCUGAAUCCUCAGACUUCUCUGCUCAUCACAGUUGGGGCCCGAGACGUCGCCCCAGCAGGGAGGACCCGUGCCUGACGCUGGACUCCGUCUUCCCGAGGCACCCAAAAAUAUAGAAUGGCAGAUUGCUAGAGUUGGAUGCAAAGGGUGAAGAGAGAUUGAAGCAGGGGAAGCAAUGUCAGAUAAACACCUCUUUGGAUGCAAACCAAGAUUGACAAAAAAAUGUUACAGUUCACCAAGCCAGGUCUCUCCGAGCGUAGCUAAGACAUUCUCAGAAAAGAAAGAAGUUUCUUCCAGGAACACUGGUAAUAAAGUCUCCUUAAAGCAUACCGGAAAUAGAGGAACUUCAAAGGGUAUUGAAAAUAAAGACAUCUUAACAAAUCUUCGGUCUGACCUGUGGUCAUCUUCCUUGUUAAAAACCAGCACAGGUGAAGGGGGCAAAGAUGCAGUUGUCGCAAAGCAGGAGAAAAGUGGUGAAUUCUGCAUGCAGGAUGUUGAUGACAAGCUUUCAGAAUCAACAGAUGAUAAUGGUGAAGAAGACAAUGAUGACGACAGUAACCCUAAAAGGAAUAUCCGUGCCCCGUUAGAGUUAAUGGCAGAAUUCCUGAGAGCAGAAAUGAGCCGAGACUACCAUCUGGCAAAAAAGUUAUGUCAGAUGAUCCUCAUCUACGAACCAGAAAAUCCAGAGGCCAAGGAGUUUCUCUCACUGAUUGAGGAGAUGCUGCUGAAGGAGAAAGCGCAGCAUCUUGAGGAGGAGGAGGAGGAAGCUAGUGAAGAGGACAGCAGUGAGGAGAGCCAAGAGGACAGCAGUGAGGCCGAGAGCAGCGAGAGCUCUGGCGAAGACGAGCCUCAGGAGUCGCUGUGACAGUACCAGCUUCUUACUAUGGUGUGCCGUGCAAAUACAAAGCUGCCUUUA